CUUGCCUCGAUACUUAAACCUGUUAUCGUCUACUUCCAGAAAGAUCAUAAGAUUUAUUCAUUAAUCGACGGUAACAAAAUGUUCAAGAAGGCAGUAGAAGCUAAGGCCCAGCAGAGGCUAUCGGGAGCCGACAAGAAGAAGCUGAAGCGCACUAUCCGAGACCGAUUCCCCAUGGCUUCCGAUACUGACAUCGAUGCCUUGCUUCCUCCCAAGGCUGAGAUUACUGUUUCCAAGUUUCAAAAUCGAGUCCAUGUGUAUGGUGUAGAAGGGGGCUACCCGCUAUUUUUCGAUGUUGAUGGCCGCGGCUCUGAAAUUUACCCCACUGUUUUUGCUCUCUGGAAGCUCCCUGAUCUUUUACCUUCUUUUAUGCUUAAGGGGGGCGAGGUUUCUCGGUUUGUCAUUGGAGGUGCAGAUCUGAUGUUCCCUGGCAUUAGUGUGCCUGCUGAAGGUCUAGAUUCAUUUUCAGCUGGGGAGCCAUGGGCGGUUAAAGUUCCUGGCAAUCCAGCGCCUAUUGCAGUUGGCUCCACCACAAUGAGUAGUGAUGAAGCAUUAAAAGCUGGUUUGCGUGGAAAGGCUUUACGGAUAAUGCACUAUUACCGUGACUUACUUUGGGAGUCAGUUGAGGGUCAUUAUGUUCCUAAUCCAGGUUUCUUGGAGGAUGUUGUAGUGGAGGAUCCUUCAUUUUUGACAUCAAAUCAACCUUCUGAUUUAUCUGAAGUUGCAACUCAUGAAUCCGAUGUGCCAGAAAGUUACAUUAACAAUGAAAAUACUGAGGAAUCCAUUGACGUAAAUGAUUCUACUUCUGAUACAUUUGCUGCUGCCGCAAAAAAUGAUUCUGAAAAAUCUGCAAAAGAAAUAACAACUGAUGACUUUGAUUUGAAGUCGGCUAAUGUUGCUGAUACAAAAUCAGAUAUUGACCUAUCGUCUCUCUCCAUUGAGGAUGUAGAUUCCCAUUUGGACAGAUGCCUUUUGCAGGCUUUGCAUACAACAGUGAAGGAUAAAGACCUUCCAAUUCCUGGAAGCGCACUAUGGUCAAACCAUGUGUUACCUUGUAGACCUUCAGGAAUCACAUUAGAUAUUAAGAAAUCAUCUCAUAAGAAGUUAUCGAAGUGGCUACAAGCCAAAUCGUCUACAGGACUGAUAGCAGUAAAAGAAGACAAGUACAAAAAAGAAGCUAUGUUAAUUUCUGUUAAUCGAGGUCACCCAGAGUACUUACAGUUCAAGCCAGAAAAGCGACCAGUGGAGAAAGUUGGUCAGGCUGGUGAUGCUGCCGCUAGUGAAAGCCCUUCACAGAAGGUGCUUGAAGUGGUAGAGGUCUACAAGUCAAGUGUGCACGUUAAUCCCAUUUUUGCUUCUGUUGAAGCUGACACUGGGAAACUGUACUUAGCUUCUGAAGCUACUGAUAUUGUCUUCAAGUACAUUGAGAAAGAAAAUCUGGUGAAGCAAACAAACAAAGCCGUUGUGGUACUAGAUGCAACUUUGUGUGAUGCAUUAUUUAAGGGAUCCAUCAAGAAAGGAUCAACAUAUCCUGCUGAGAUCCACAAGAAAGAUUUAGGUGCAAAAUUUAUAAGCCGGAUGCCGGCCCACCACAUUGUGACAAGAGGAAGUGAAUCUGUUGUACGGAAAGGUGCUUUGAAAACAGUUCAGAUAGUGACUGAACGAAGGCAAGGCAACAAAAAGGUGACAAAAGUUUCAGGUUUAGAAACUUUCCUUAUAGGUGCAGAAGCAUUGGCAUCAGAGUUGCAGAAGAAGUUUGCUUGCAGUACAACAGUGGCAGAAUUGCCAGGUAAGAAAGGGCUCGAGGUUCUUAUCCAAGGUGGUGUGAUUGAUGAUGUUGCAAGACAUCUGCUUGAACAGUAUGGAAUUCCGAAGAGAUACAUUGAAGUUCUUGAUAAAACCAGGAAAUAAGAAAGUGAUAAAUGGUUAUAUAUAUCCAUAUGUCGCAUUAUUUAUUUACGGGGAAUGAAAACUCGAAUUGAUUAGGAAGUUGGUAGUCUUUCCAGGUUGGCGAGUUGAUAUAACAGAUGGUAUAGUUAGCAGAGUUUUGGUGUCAAAAUCUCUCGGGAGGAUCACUGUGGCGCUUGAUGCAACUGCAAAGGGGCUUUGAUCAUAUUUUUGUGAUGAAAUACUUUCAAUUUAACAUUCUGCUUAGCUUAAGAACAGACAGUCUCUUAGGCCCUGUGUUACUAAAAUAAAAAUUUCAGUGGCUUGCAUCGUUUGCUAUUUGUACUCGACUCCGUCUCUUUUUGUUUUACAACAUCAACAUGAAUGAAUGUCAUUU